AUGAUAAUUGAAGAGCUCACCUUUUUGCUGUCUCUCUCUCUCUCUCUCUCUCUCUCUCUCUCUCUCUCUCUCUUACAUUCCUUUCAUUCUUUUUGUUUAUGUUAUUCUUUCUUUCACAAUCAAUCUAUCUAUUUAUCUAUCAAUCUGUCUCUCUUUAUAUACCCUUUCUUAGCUAUCUAUUCUGACUCACAGUUAUUUGUCGACCUCCGUCCACUUUUGAAACUCAAACUCGGCCUGUUUUCAAAUCCGCGCCUCUCUGUUUGCAUCAUACGCUGUCUGUGCCACCACCGCCUAUCUCAUCUGCCUGCGUCCAUCACUCAGUAUUUCUGCCUGUCCCCUUCUCUUCAGGUGUCUAAAACAAACCAUGUCUGUCCGUAUCCUUCUCUGUAUGUGUCCCCUUCCGCCCACACCUCUUUGUCUACUAUGUCCACCUACUUCUAUCAGUCCCGUUCUCCACAUGCGUCCAGCUGUGACCAUAUCUCUCUGUCUCUUUAUUUGUCGGUGUCAAUUGCUGUUCACCCUCGUCUGUCUCGUCCACUUACACUCCAUUCAAUUCUGUCUGUUUCCUUUUCUACCUGUAUCCACUUCCGCCCAUUUAUACCUGUUUCUUUCUCUGACUGUUUCCACUUCUGUCCACAUUUGUCCGUCUCUUCCUUAGUCAAAUUCCAUCCACCUCUGACUUCUCUAUGCCUGCUUCCGCCCUCAUUUUUUUGUUUCCAUUUCUGUCUGCGUCCACCUACGCACACGUCAGUCUGUCUCCUUUUCUUUGUGUCCAACUCCAUCAAGCAUUGA